AUGCAUCAGCCAUCGUCUGGCCCCUCGAGCCCCGUUAACCAUCUAGCGCCAGAUCAGAACUCAAACAAGUCCCGUUCAGACGACUAUGUGUAUUUCGAACGAUCUACCGCAGAGUUCACCUCAGAUGCAGUGGCACGAUCAACGGCCGCUAAACUGAAGCUUGAAUCCUACUACAAGGUCGCAGUCGACUCUGCGAUAGAAAGAAAUGCAAGGCGAAUCGAGAUGGAAACAAGACUUUCGCAGCUCCAUACGCCUGAUGCUAAGGAGCGAGAGAUACGGAAGUACAGCAAGACCGAAUCUCAAUACCUUCGCCUUAGAAGAACCAAAAUCAAGUUAACAGACUUCCGUACUGUCAAAGUUAUUGGAAAAGGCGCUUUUGGAGAGGUUAGGCUUGUUCAGAAAGUGGAUACGGGGAAGGUUUACGCGAUGAAAAGUCUUCAGAAGGCCGAAAUGUUGAAAAGAGAUCAACUCGCCCAUGUACGCGCCGAACGCGACGUUUUAGCGGAAUCGACAUCACCUUGGGUCGUCCAACUGUUCUACUCAUUCCAGGAUCCUCUGUAUCUCUACCUCAUAAUGGAGUUUCUACCCGGUGGAGAUUUGAUGACCAUGCUCAUGAAAUAUGACGUUUUUUCUGAAGAUGUCACUCGUUUCUACAUGGCAGAGUGUAUUCUUGCCAUUGAAGCCGUCCACAAUCUAGGCUAUAUUCAUCGUGAUAUCAAACCGGACAAUGUCCUCAUCGACAAAAAUGGACAUUUAAAGCUAUCUGACUUUGGUUUAUCAACUGGUCUGCACAAAGUAUCUGAUGGUGAAUAUUACAAGCGAUACUUGGAGCAGGAGAAGUCAAGAGACACUGCUCGGAAUAGUGUCCAGGUCAACCCUAUCAACCUUACUAUGAGCCGAGAACAAAUAGCAACGUGGAAAGCUAACCGACGGAAAUUAGCAUAUUCUACAGUCGGAACACCGGACUAUAUCGCUCCAGAGGUGUUUCUGAUGAAAGGGUACGGCAAAGAGUGUGAUUGGUGGUCGUUAGGAGCCAUAUUUUUUGAAUGCUUGGUUGGAUAUGCACCCUUCUGUUCUGAUAGCCCUGGAAACACGUAUAAGAAGAUUAUCGACUGGCCACACUAUCUUUACUUCCCUGAAGAGGUUUACAUCUCUAGAGAAGGCGAGGAUCUCAUCCGGAGCAUGCUGACAUGGGCAGAUAAGCGGUUAACAGUUCAACAAAUCAAAUCACAUCCAUUCUUCUACGGUGCAGAUUGGAACUCGUUGCGCCACAUUGAACCUCCUUUCGUACCCCACCUACAGUCUAUCACUGACACAUCGUACUUCCCUACUGAUGAUCUUGGUACCCUGCCCGAUCAACUCGAAAAGGUUGAAGGAGUUGGAGCAGAGAAGGAUCUGGCAUUUCUUGGAUUCACAUUCAAGCGCUUUACAGGGGGUUCUCAAGCAUCGGGAUAA